AAAAUAGCUCAGCUGAUCUUGAUUCUCAGCCAGUUAAUUUGGGCCUCAUUUGAUAUUCAUGAGGACAUUGAAAGAAGGAACAUGGAUCAUAUUUAGUCUAUUUAGGUCGAUUUCGUUUGCCUGGCAUGAUUGUAACCGUUUGCGCAACCACUUGGAGUAUUAGAUAAUAGCGUCCUCUGAACCUUGAGCUUCGAGUAAUACUUCAGCCCUAAGAUACACAAUGUUAUUCUUAUAAUAAAUUUGAUAGAUGGAGACUUUUCUGCCUUUGAUUUUUUGAAAGUUUCUUUUAAUCAAUCAGCGACUAAAGUCAGCUAUUUUCGUGGCAGCGUCACGACUCCGGUCAAAUGAAAAAAAAAAUUGUCAACUAUGCCAACAUGGCAAUUUGCAUGGUAAAAUACUCAUUUAAUUAUCUCUUAAUUCUGAUAAACUGAAACUUUAGUUCAUAGGUAAUGUACACAGUUGAAUGUGUCUUUUAUGCGAGCUUUGGAGUACUGAUGUUAGAAAAAAGAGGACUGUGUGUUGAUAAAACGAACGUGAUGUUCAAAUCUGCUCGAUUUUAUUCACACGUAAUAGCGACCUUUUGACAAAUAACAGGAAUAAAUCCGCUUUUCAAAUGAAUUCAGGAUAAACAAGUACACCAGAUUGAGAGAGAUUUUUAUUUUCAGUUUUUGAAGGCUAACAUAUAGUCAGCCCUGCAUGUGAGAUCUUUUAUUCUGCUCCUUUCAUUUCCUAGUUUUUACUGCGGGAAAAAAAAAAACAAACUAAGGUUUUAAUCCAAUAAAGAGACAGACUUCGAUUAUAAUCUAAUUACACUGCCGAAUAUUUCUAAGUUUUGGACUGAGAAUUAAGAAUUAAGACAUAAAGGAAGAUAUGAGUAACAACAGAAGGUGUUUUUAACUAUGAAAAAAGCCAGCGGAAAUAAACAAGAAACUGUUGUAUUACAAACGAGACAAAAAAAAAACUUUUAAUAAUAAGAAAUUCAACAAACAACCGACGCUUCUCAUUUUUUCCUGUUCAGCUCUCUACAACUUGCCCUAAGGCAACACAUAUGCUAAGAUGAUCCAAGGUAAACCAUUUUCAAAAGUCAGCAAAUGAAGAUUAGUUGAGUUAUUUAUAAAACAAUACCGCCAAACAAGAGAAUGUGAAUGACAUCUUCCUUACAAUCAUAUUCCUUGAGGAAGAUUCUGAGAAUUCAUUGAAUUUUGUGAUUUUGCUGGUGACAAGAUCUUUCUUUUUUAUCACUUUUAAGUCGUGUUUAUUGAUACUUCAUCACACAUUUUUCUAGUACCAGAGAUGAUAUUUCUACGAAUAAUUUUACAAUUUCAGGUAGGAUAAUUUCAGAGACGGAUCGUGUUAUAUCGAUAAAAUUUCGUUUACAAAGCGUGAAUAAAGGAAUGUUCCAAAAGACUUUACUUUGAUUUUCACUCCUGUGCUUAUCAAGAAAAAUUAUAUCCGUACCACAAAUUGUUUAUUGCGAAGUAUUCGGUCAUCUGAAUGACAAAACAUUUUGUCUUACUUCUUACAUUCUGUCACAAAGUCCCCAUGACCGUAAGAUAGUGCAGAAAUAUAGUCCUGUUAUCCAGAGUUCAGACGUGAUCUUCAAUAAAUGAAUGCCAGAUACGAUUAAGUUUGUGUAUGGCCUUAAAAAGAGUUCUUCGAACCUUUUUCAGAAUAUUUUUCGCUCCAUGAAGACGCUACAGAGAAAUUCGCAGAAAGCGACCAAUUUAUCAACAACUGAAGUAAGCUACUGUAUUUCAGUCAGAACGAAACGACUCCGGACAAAAUUAGUUAAAAGUGGUAAUUUGCAUAGCUAAAUACUCUUUUAGUUAUUUAUUAUUAUACUUAACUUGAUCCUGUCAGACUAAAACCGAGCAAAUGAAAACUGUUGAAGGUUUAUUUUGUACAAGUUUUAGAGUAGUGUGGUAAACUAUGUGAUGAUAAAACGAACGUGAAUUUCAAAUCUAUUCGAUUUUAUUAACACGCGGUAACGCGGUGUCGAAUAUUUAUAAUUGUCUAGAAUCAAGAUAUAAAGGCAGGCACAACUAAGAACAGAAUUUGUCUCAAAAAUAAAAACAGCCAGAUAAAAACAAAUAUAAAAUUUAGCAGUAACAAAUUCCACAGAAUGAUAUGGCAACCUAGGUCUAAAGGUUAUUGAAUUCAAGUAUUUUUUGAUCCGCUUCGAUAAUCUUAGCUUCGAUAGGGUUAAGCAAUUUCAAUAAUUAACUGAUAACCAAGAGUUAAAUAGGAAACCCUGUCAGUUAACUCUGUUUCGUAUUUUUUGUUUUGUGAUUAGUAACUUCCGCUAAUUCUGCAUAGUUAAUAAGUUGUUUCGAGAUCUUGUUUUGACGAGAAUGCCUUCAAACAACGAGAGGGAAACAAGUAACAGUGUAAGAAGAAAACGAAUUAUCACCGACAAAUUAUAAUUGUUGGAGGAUCCGAUCAGUGACUCUUUUCUUCACUUUUCUCGUUUCUUGAAAUGUUAUUUUCGCGUCUCAUUUUUUUCCUCUUGAGCUUUCAACAAUUUGUUCUCAGGCAACGCACACGACAAGAUGAUCCAAUGUAACUCAUUUUUCAAAAGUCAGGGAAAGUAGAUUAGCUGAGUAUUCCAUAAAACAAUACUGCCAAACAAGAGAAUGUGAAAUAUUGCUUCCAGUCAUGUUAAUUAUUAAUCUUGACCUUUUCCUUUUAUUAGAAAUGAUCUUUGCACACGUGCUUGAUCACAUAAUUUCUGAAAGGAAUCUUGUCAUAGCUAUGUAAUUUCAUUAACAAUCGAUCGAAAGAAGUAUGUUCCAAAUGACUUCACUUUUAAUUUCACACCAGCGUAUUUUAACAUAAAUUCAAAUUGUACGUAACAAAUUAUUUUUUGCCAACAUUUUCGAAACACCGUGUCGCCAAUAAACGACCUCAAGAGUUAUCCGACAAAAAAGGAGGAAAUUUACUGGCUUCAAAAUCAUACCAUUGGAUCAAAUUUCUAAUUCGAACUAAUCUAAUCGAGUUUUUCUUACGGAGGCCAAAAGCUGAGAAAUCCAUAAAGAUUUAAAAAAAAACCUUCGACCCACCGCUGUAGAGUCAACAGUAGUAAAUCGUAUCGUUUAUUUAACCAAUAAUACAAUAUUAAAUUUGAUUUUCCUCCAAAAAUCAGCUCAAAUUCAAGCGCAUAGCAUAUUUUCUUCGAGGCAUAUCAGUUACACGAUAACGCAUUUAAACUCAAAAUUUAAGGGGUUACCUGGUUGGUGGAAUUGAUGUCGAUCGAGCCAAUCGGGUUUCAUGUCUUAUCCUACGCAUAUGACAGCUAGUCAUGUUGUAAACAUGUUUUUACGACCGCCAACUCGAAGGACUGAUAAAACACUUGGCUUAGAAUUGGUAUAAUAUUUUACUCUGCUGCUAGCCACUUUAAAAAAGGUACGAGCUCUCUCCACCGGUCUUACAUCUGAGGAACGAAGAAAGUUCUCUAGUACCUGUAGAGGUAAAUUAGCGCACAAUUUCAGGUGAUACUGUUGAUUCUUUUUUUUUAUCGUUUUUCCUUUGAGAUAGCCGCAAGAACAAGGUAAGAGAAUGAUUGAGCUCCUCUUAUUAAGUGUGGCAUGAAUUGACUAGUAAAUUAUUUUUUCGCGUUUUCUCUCUUAUCAGUGAGUCAAUUACUAUUUUCAAGAUCAGACUGGUUUUGAGGUCAGAGAAUCACUGUGAACUGCUUUAACUCCUAAGAUCCUUCUAAAUACCACAUCAAGAGAUCCAUUGGGUGUCAUGUUUUGUGUCACUGAAGACAGCAGAAACAAAUCAAAAAAAUCAGCCCAUGUAACCCUUCUGCAAGUAAUGUGCUUUGCCUCAUUUUCUCUCUAUUUACAGUUGAAGGAUAAACAACAUACAAGCUUGUGUGAACAUGUCGCCCGACAUUAAGGUGCUUUGGCUGAUUUUACCGCUGAUUGCUCUUUGCUAUGCAGCAAAAAACAGCAGCAGCGGCGAGAAAUCUAAUGGUUACAUGGUAAGUUAAUUCUUUCCAAAUAUAUCCCAACAUUGUUAUUGUCAUCAUUUCGUCUGAUUGUGUCAGUCAGUGUCAUUCCAAAAGAGAAUGGUGAAGGAGAAAUUCACUGAAAACUGGAAACAGAAGAAAGAUUGCCCGACACUUUGAUUCUUAGAAAGAUGAAUUUGUCACAACUGAUCUUAAAACAAAAAGUAGUUAUAAUUCUUCCAUGAACAAAAGUUAUGUGUGUGUGUUUUUUUCUAAACACAGGGCGCUUACCCAUAUCCACCGCAUGGACCCUGUGCUUAUGGUACUCCUUUUGGCGCGCCAGGGAUACCAGGUAUUCCCGGGAGCCCAGGACCCGCGGGACCCACGGGCAUCGCAGGACCACCCGGUCCUCGUGGUUCUACGGGACCACAAGGGGACAAGGGCGACGCCGGAAAGCCAGGAAACCAAGGCCUUACAGGUCCACAGGGACCUCCAGGAAAAAUGGGACCUCAAGGGUCCACAGGCCGACAGGGUCCACGAGGAACCAAAGGUGAUUCAGGGGAUAAAGGAAGCCAGGGAGCCCCAGGCCUCCGGGGACCUCCAGGAGCUCUGGGAAGUAAUUGGAAACAAUGUGUAUUCAAAAAUUUAAACGAUGGAAAGGACACUGGCUUGAUAAAGGUACUUCAGUUUUUCUUUCAAUUAAUUGCAAUUUUACAAAAUUGUAUUUGACAUCAUUGCUUGAAUAGACGAUUCCUAUCAAAUUUUGACUAAAAGAAGAUCGAGUUAUGCAGCAAGCUAAAAUAAUUUUUUCUGUGGCAGAAGAACGAAACUGUGAAGAUAAACCCUAAGUAGUUAAAGGAUUCGUAAACUGGACUUGAUUUAGGACUUUUAUCGCUCAGAGACAUUUCGAAUUCAUAUUGUUCACAGUUAACCACAUUUAUUUCUCCAGGAAUGCCUUUUCAUCAAAAAGUCGGCCAAAACAGCUCUGCGCGUGUUUUGGAGUGGCAACCUCCGCCUCUAUAACUGCCAUGCUUGCUGCAGACGAUGGUAUUUCACCUUAAACGGCGCAGAGUGCUCAGCUCCUGCUGCAAUUGACGGCGUAGUCUACAUGAUAUAUGGAAAUGGCGCCAAAAAGGAUUUACACCGCCCCCGUCAUAUCGAGGGUGUGUGCGAGAAAGUCCACAAAGGUGUUGUGCGCGUGGGAUUCUGGGUCGGUAACUGUAAAGGUUACGGAUCUGCUGACGCAUACACAGGCUGGAACUCAGUGUCCCGGAUCUACGUGGAAGAAGUACCACCCCCACAGGCAUAA